AUGGAGGUCUGUUUAUUCUGCCUUUAUGCUCUGAUACUUCUCCCAGGUAUUGCUGCCAGUAUGCAUCAGGUGAAGGCAUUUCUCAAUCACACUGCAUACCUAUCCUGCUAUUUUCCAAACUCUCAGAAAGCUGACAUAAGGGAUUUAAGAGUUUUCUGGCAAAAAGGUGAUGUUGAAGUGGUGCACGAAGUAUACUACGGCCAAGAAAUACAUGAUAACAUUAAUCCUAAAUAUAUAAAUCGCACCAAGAUGGAUAUGGACAAAUGGACCUUGCAAUUGUUAAAUGCAGGAAUUGUGGACGAGGGACAGUAUAUGUGUAUUAUACAGCACAGAGACAAUGGACCACCAAAGCUCAUACAUCACUCUAGGUGCUUACUGCACAUCAUUGCCAACUAUAGUCGACCUGAGAUAGCAUGGCUGCACAUUGGGGAACUAAAGCCCAGCGAAUACUUGAAUCUUUCCUGUUCUUCCAGCGGAGGUUAUCCAGAGCCCGAGCAAAUGACUUGGCUAAUUUCAUACAAAAACCAAACGUGCAGUCCUAGGGGUCACACGGAUGUCUCACAGGAUGCCAUAACAAAGCUGUACAAUGUUACUAGCAAGCUGAAUAUCCCAGUUCCUACAAACACCCCCACUAACAUUAGCUGCCUGCUUCACCUUGGAGAGCAGCUGGGGAGCCUUGUCUCGGUGCCACUGGGCAUAGAGAUACAAGGGGAAGAAACGGAGCAAGUGAAGACAAAUUUCUUUGGCCCACUUAUAGCUGUAGUUAUACUGAUCACAUUUCUUCUGGGGUUUGUAAUAUUGAAGAAGAAAAGAAAUAUCUCAUCUACCAACCAAAAUUUGGUUCCUAAAACCAUUGAACUAUAUUAA